AUGCCCUCUCUCGAGGAUAACAGUUCCAAGGAAGUCAUGCCGUCAUGGUUGAAGGCAGUACCCAACAUCGUCGCGGAUGAGAUAUUUUCUCUGGCAGCAGACUAUCGCCUCGACCAAAACCCGCAAAAGGUCGAUCUCCUAAUCGGGGCCUACCGUUCGGAUGACGGGAACCCGUGUCCAUUGCCUUCGGUACUGGAAGCAGAACGCCGUCUCCUAUCUCAGAACGACCUAGGGAAGCAUGAGUAUCUCCCUAUCGAGGGCGAUGCCACUUACCUCGGAUUGGCCCAGAGGCUUCUAUUAGGUCAAGAUGACCAGUCUGAGCUGUUGCAACGAAUUGUCUCGGUUCAAUCAGUCUCCGGAUCUGGGGCCAUUCACAUCGGUGCUGCUUUCUUGUCCCGUUCUCUCAAACCUAGAUGUGCCUGGGUCUCUGAUCCUACUUGGGGUCCUCACAUUCUCAUGUUUGAAAGGAUGGGCGUGGAAUGCAAGAAAUAUCCAUACUACGAUCCAGCCACACGACUCCUCAACUUCCAAGGAAUGGUCGACACUCUUGAGUCUCAGGGUCAAACUGGAGAUGUGAUUAUGCUUCAAGUCUGCGCUCACAACCCAACUGGACUUGAUCUUAGCCAAGAACAAUGGAAGGUUGUAGCCGAGAUUUGCCAACGCAAAGGCAUCUUUCCAUUCUUUGAUAAUGCGUACCAAGGCUUUGCUACAGGAAAUCCAGAGAAAGAUGCUUGGCCGCUUAGAUAUUUUGCCAGUCUUGAGAGCCGUGUGACUUUCUGUGUGGCGCAGUCCUUCUCUAAGAACUUCGGUCUCUACGGACAGAGAACAGGAGCUUUCCAUUUGAUUAUGAACAGCAAGGACACCACCACUCAGUCCAACAUACUUCAUCAGCUUCGAUUCAUUAUUCGCACUGAAUACUCAACUCCCCCACGAACAGGCUGUACCAUUGUGAAAACGAUUCUCGGCGACCGAGAGCUUAGAUCUCAAUGGCUCAGGGAUGUCUCUUCUAUGAGCAAAAGACUGGGGCAAGUCCGAUCAGCACUUCAUGAUGGUUUGAACGCUUCUGAUGAAAGCGGCGACUUCGGCCACAUCAUUAAACAGAGUGGCAUGUUCUCAUACACAGGUCUCAGACCUCAGCAGGUGCUUCGCUUAAAGAACGAGUACCACGUUUACCUCUCAUCAUCUGGAAGAAUAUCAAUGGCAGGACAGUCUAUACUGAAAGCUCAGACACUGCAAGAGCAAUUUCUAUCCAAGAUGGACUAUUCACUCUCUCCCAAAACCCGUGCAACCAAAUAUUUCAAUGAGGUUGUUACCUCCAGUACCCUGCCGGGAGCCACUGAAGACUACCAGGGUCGCGAUGACCUUGCUUACGCCCUAUCCAAGGUUCCCAUGCUCACACCCCGCAAGCUCAAAAUAAUUGCUGUCGGGGCAGGUUUUGGAGGCGUUGAUCUUGCCCGUGCAGUCCGCGUUGGCAAGGUCCCUGGCGUGGAGCUCACUAUUUAUGAGAAGAAUGCCGGUAUAGGCGGGACCUGGCAUGAAAGUAGAUAUCCCGGAUGCGCCUGUGAUGUUCCAGCUCACAGCUACCAGUAUACCUGGGCACCCAAUCCCUACUGGUCGCAUUUUUACGCGCCCGCACCAGAGAUCAAGCAGUACUUUGAGGACUGCGCUGACCAACACGACUUGCGCUCAUACCUCAAGUUAUCACAUAAAGUAGUUGAAGCCAAGUGGAUAGAAGAGAGACAAAUCUGGCAACUCCGUGUCAAAAAGACCGAUGGUCGGGAUGUUGCCAUCUCCAGUCCUGGCGUCACAGACGGCGAGACCAACGAUGAGUUUAUUGAUGAGUGUGACGUUUUUGUAAACGCCACCGGCUUCUUCAACAACUGGAAAUGGCCUCGCAACGUCCCCGGGCGCGAGACCUUCCGUGGCACUAUGUUUCACACCGCCAACUGGCCCUCUGACUGGGAAAAGGAUAUUGAGGGCAAGACUGUUGCUCUGAUCGGUAACGGUAGCAGCGGAAUUCAAGUUCUGCCGGCUAUUCUUGACAAGGUCAAGAAGAUCUACGUUCACAUUCGCAGUCCAACAUGGAUUACCUCCCGCAUCGGUGAGAAGUUCGCUGGACCAAAGGGUGUCAACUACAAAUUCACUGAGGAGGAGAAGUCUGAGUGGGCCAAGCACCCCGAGAAAUAUCUUGAAUUCCGCAAGAGCAUGGAGGAUGAUGUCAACACACGUUUCAAGUUUUUCAUGGAUCAUACACCUGAACAGAAGCUGGCUCGCCAAUCAGCCGUUGACAACCUCAAGGCUAAACUCGACUCAAGGCGUGACCUGGCCAAACUUCUAGAGCCGGACUUUGCUGUUGGAUGCCGUCGACCAACACCCGGAUUGGGAUAUCUAGAAGCCCUUGUAUCGCCCAAGUGCGAGGUAGUUUGGGGAGACAUUGCCGAGUUCACAUCCAACGGCAUUCUCACAAAGGAUGGUCGCGAGUCCAAGGUGGACUCUAUCAUUUGUGCCACUGGGUUUGAGCUAUCUUAUGCACCUCGUUUCCCUAUCCUCGGCAAGGAUGGCCUCAACCUUCAAGAGGUAUGGCUCAAGGCUCCUGAGUCUUAUCUGUCGGUCUGUGCUGCUGAUAUGCCCAACUAUUUUACCAUUCUCGGCCCAGCCAGUCCACUCGGUCACGGAAGCUUGGUUACAUCCAUUGAGAUGUGCAAUCGCUUCAUCGUGAGAAUGAUCAGAAAGCUCCAGACACAGAACUACUCAUCCUUCAGUCUUCGUCCAGGAGUCUCUCGGGCAUAUCAGAAUCAUGCCCUGUCAUAUCUCAAAAGAACGGUAUGGGCGUCAGGGUGUACCAGCACCUACAAGAAUGGAACCAAGGAUGGAGAACUCCGGUCACUGCAUCCAGGCUCACGAAUCCAGCUUUUCACACUUCUUGAGGACCCUAGAUACGAGGACUUUGAGUGGAAGAGUUUGUGUGAGGAUAGCGACCUUGCAUUUGUGUGGUUGGCCAAUGGUUUCACGGCUCUCGAGGAAGAAAGGCCUGAGGGAGCUGACCUGACGUGGUUUGUGGACCCGGCAGACAGGGAGGCCAAGCCAAUUCAAUAUGAAGCCUCUCACUAUGUCAACGGGAGGGGAUAG